AUAUAUUAGUAUCAUGAAAAGUGUGGCGCCAAACUAGUUGUGUCCUUGACCAACAUUUUCAAGCACUUCUUUGUCCAAACAUGGAUGCAUCCUGCUCUAUAGAUGCUUCUCAGAUUCCAUCCUCUACUCAGUCAAUUGAUGCACAUGGAAAUAGAGUGUACCCAAUCCAAGGUGUCCAUGUGCAUUUUCCUGGAAAACCUUAUUCCUCUCAGUUUGCUAUGAUGAGUAAGAUACUUCAGGGUCUAGAUCGAAAACAGAAUUGUUUAUUAGAGUCUCCAACAGGCAGUGGAAAGAGCCUUGCUCUUUUAUGUGCAUGUUUAGCUUGGCAGAGGAGGGAAGAAGAACGUAUAAAACAGAAAGAGAAGGAAGAAGAAUUAGCUCUGAAGAUAUGUUGUAGCUCUCCAGAGUCUUCAUGUAUUUUUACAACAUCAGAUGUUAAUAUACCUGUAGUAUCAAGUGUAUCACCCACUCCAGGAUCAUCAGUUAUGAUCAUUCCUUCUCAGUCAAGUGUUCAGCCAUAUAAUCCAGAAAAAACUAAAUCAUCAGAAACACCCAAAAGAAGUCGAUGUGAAACCAAAAAUCAAACUUCUUCUGAUGAGGAUGAUUUUCAACUGCCCAAAAGGUUUCGUAUUCCCAUCAGUGCCAAAUCACCUCUGUUGAAUGUGAUGACAUCACGAGGAGAAACAAAGCAGUUCCUUGUGCAGAAUCCUUCAAGUAUUUCACCCCAACUGUCUAGUGUAGGAGUGUCCAGCUGUCAUAUCAUUUCUCCAACCUCUAGCUUGAUCCUGCCAGCUGCAAGUAGUUCAGCAUCAAACUCUCAAAGAUCACCCUUAACUGUCAGCUCAUCACAUUCUCCAGCAAGUAAUAAUACAGCUUCUUCAGUUAUUGCAAAUGGUCAGCCAGUAACUUCGUCUCCAUCCGUACAUCCAACAGUGUCUGGACAAGUGACUACAGCUAAUACUGAAGUACUUCCUAAAGUUAAAAGAAGUCUUCCUAAGAUAUUUUUUGGUACUCGUACACACAAGCAGAUUACUCAGAUUGUGAGAGAAUUGAAGAAAACAGCAUAUGGCAACUGCAAGAUGACUAUACUGUCGAGCAGAGAACGUACAUGUAUUCAUCCUCGUGUGUCUCAUUCAACUAAUAAGAAUGAAGGAUGUAAAGAACUUCUUGAUAACCCUGGUGGAAUAUCUUGCUCUUUUUACCACAAUCAUCCUAAUGUAAACCAUGGCACGCUCCAGUGUUAUGGUCAUAACACAGGCUGGGAUUUGGAAGAUCUUGUAAAACUGGGAAGAAAAAUCAAAGCCUGUCCUUACUUUGGAACACGGAAUUUAAUGAAAGAUGCCAAUAUAAUUUUUUGUCCCUACAACUAUUUAAUUGAUCCAUUAAUUAGAGCAACAGUAAUUCAAGUAGGAGUUCAGCCAGAGAGCAGUCUAGUUUUAGCAAGAUUGCUGUCUAGUUUAGCUGAGUGGAUUGCCAGACUUUCCUCUAAACUCACUGAUUAUCAAGAUUUUAACAAGUCCUGCAAAGUUUUCUCAGGUCCUGAAAUUGUAGCUGAGCUAACAGAGUUAGGUGCUGGACCUGCAGUGUUCCAUGAAGUAAAAAGGCACAUAAUGACAGUCAUAACAGAAGAAAAAGACCCAGAAAGUCCGUAUCAUCUGACAUUGCAUUCUGCUACAACCAUGUUACUGAGAAGUCUGAGCAUAACUUUGACAUUUCUUUAUAAAGAAAAUCUUAAGUACAUGCCUGAUUAUAAAGCUGUAAUAGAGAAAGAAGCUUAUAGAAAAAUUCCAUCAGAGUUUGGGGUUUGGUUGAACACCCAAAGGUCAACUCAAAAGUCAAAGGACUACAGUUAUUCACUUAAUUUGUGGUGUUUAAAUCCAGCUGUGGUUUUUUCAGAUAUUCAAGGCAAUAUCCAUUCCUUAAUUGUAACAUCAGGAACACUCUCACCCAUGAAAUCGUUCCAGUCAGAGCUAGAUGUCCCAUUUCCAGUUCAGCUGGAAGCCAACCAUAUCAUUAACAAGUCACAGAUUUGGGUAGGAACAGUUGGUCAUGGACCUAGUGGAGCUCUUUUGAAUGGCUGCUAUCGCCAUGCAGAAACCUUUGCAUUCCAGGAUGAAAUUGGACAACUGGUUCUACGUAUUUGUAAAGUUGUUCCUCAUGGCAUUCUGUGUUUUUUACCAUCCUAUGGCAUGCUUCAAAAACUCACUAAUAGAUGGGAGACUACAGGGUUAUGGGAACAACUGAUGCAACACAAGGUCAUUGUUUCUGAGCCCCGUGCAUCAGAGAGGAUUAACUUUGAUUCUGUAAUGUCUGAAUUCUAUGAAGCUGUUGAAGACAGUGAAAACAAGGGUAGGGAAGAACAGAAUUACUGUUUCUUUUUUUUAUGUUCAAUGAUAUUGUGUCAUCUUCAAAAGGUGUCACUGAAGAGACAGUACAACAACCAGUAUUGUACUAGCAGGCAUCUCAUGUCAGGAAAUGAUUGGUAUGAAACACAAGCUUUUCGUGCCCUGAACCAAGCUCUGGGUCGAUGUAUCAGACAUAGAACUGAUUGGGGAGCUCUCAUUGUUGUGGAUGAACGUUUCCAGAAAAACCAUAAGUAUAUUUUAGCUCUAUCUAAGUGGGUGCGGAAUGAGGUCAAGCACUACAAGACUUUUCAAGAUGUGAUGGAAUCACUAAGUGAAUUUACUAUUGCAAGAAGUAAUAAAUCAUCUUUAGCCCUUGACAGAACAAGCUUACAGCAUCAGCCCUUGUCUAAAGACCAUAUUUCACCUAGUCUUGAAAGACCAAAUACGUACAAUUUUGCCGAAAACCUUGUUUGUUCUGAGCGUUCUUCCAGUCCCAUUUUAUUUUAAGUUUAAUCAAUUGAUUUAUAUAUGUACUAUAAUAUAUUUUUUCACAAGCUUUUUUUUUCUCAGCAUUUGGAAUUCCAGUCUUUUAUUUCACAUGCUUUGAAUAAUGAAGUAAAUCAUGGAGAAGUUGGAAAUGUCAUUAAAUAUUAGAUUUAUGGAAGUGAUACAAUUCUAUUGUUAAAAUCACCACUUGUUUAAAAUUACCUGACUUCAGUAACAAUUUAUUUAAAAAAAACAUAUAGGUUUUAGAUGAGAAUACCAUGUUAAUGUGUAAACAGCAUGUAGUAUCCAACACAUUUAACAUCUUCACAUUGCAGCAUUAAUUCUUUGUGUUCAGCUAUUUCUAGCAUAGCUGUUCAUCUUUGAUUCCAUAUAUAUUAAGCUGUUUGUAGAUUAAGUGGUCAUUUCUACUUUCAUGUGUUAAGCUGUUUUUAACCCAGCUCUCUAGUAAGUGGUCAUAUUUUCUGUGCUGAGCUGUGUUUAGCCAUCUUAUCAAUAAGUGGUUAUUUAUCUUCACUUUCCUGUGAUAUGUUAUUUUUGGCCCAACUUCUUAUUGAGUGGUCUUCUGUACUUCUCUGAUGUGCCACUUUUAGCCCAAUUCUUUGUUAAGUGGCCUCUUAUUUUUAUAAUUCUUUGCUGUCUCAAGCCACUUGUGGGCUAAAAAUGUUUAGUCUUUUUGCCAAGGAAUAUGUUUUUUGUUUUUAAAUUAA